AUGAGUGUUCCUAAGGCUCCAUUGGCCCAUAACUUGAAGAUUGCCUUGGUGCAAUUGAAAGCUGGUGCCGACAAGACCGCCAACUUAGCUAAAGUGUCUUCUUUCAUCAAGAAUGCUGUUACACAAUCCACCAUUGGGAAACUUGAUUUGGUGAUGUUACCUGAAUGUUUCAACUCGCCUUAUGCUGUUGAUCAAUUUAGAAACUAUGCAGAAUUGGUCCCAUCAGGAGAAACAACCCAUUUGUUGUCCCUGUUGGCUAAGGAACAUGAAGUUUAUAUCAUAGGGGGUUCUAUUCCUGAACUUGAUCCCUCCACUGACAAGAUCUUCAAUACCAGUUUGACUUUCUCACCUCAAGGAGAGGUUAUUGCAAAGCAUCGUAAGGCUCAUUUAUUUGAUAUCAAUAUCCCGGAUGGGAUCACCUUCCAAGAGUCUGUAACGCUUUCUGCUGGUGAUAAGGCUACAGUCUUUAAAUUAGGUGAGUUUGGUAAUGUAGGUUUGGGUAUUUGUUAUGAUAUUCGUUUCCCAGAAUUGGCCAUGGUGGCUUCUCGUAAUCCUUGGAAUAGUUUUGCUAUGUUCUACCCUGGAGCUUUCAAUACCACCACUGGUCCAUUACACUGGCAUUUGUUGGCUAGAUCAAGAGCCGUGGAUAAUGAAAUCUUUACUGUAUUGUGUUCUCCUGCUAGGGAUGUUGGAGGAAGUGGUUAUCAAGCCUAUGGUCAUUCUUUGGUGGCAGAUCCUUAUGGUAACAUUAUUGUUGAAGCUGGUGAAGGAGAAGAAAUAGUUUAUGCUGAACUAGAUAAAUCUUUAUUGCCCAAGGCCAGAGAAGCUAUUCCUGUUCACUAUCAAAGACGUUUUGAAAUCUAUGAUGAUUUCGUAGGCGAAGGUAAGGUCAAAGUUAGUGAUAAGUGA